AUGCCAUCCUUACACCCUCAGGAUGCAGUGCAGAGCCUAUCGCUCACUCACCCGGAGCAGUUCUGGGCGCGCCACGCAGCUCAGCUUCACUGGCACAAGCAGCCCUCUGCCGCUCUGCGAAAGGGUACUAGGACGCUGCAGAGUGGUGUCCAGCAUCAGAGCUGGUCGUGGUUCCCGGACGGGGAGAUCUCGACUACGUAUAACUGUAUAGACAGACAUGUUCGGGCAGGCCGUGGAGCAGAUGUGGCUAUCAUUUGGGAGUCGCCGGUGACUGGCCGGGAGGAGAAGAUCACUUAUGCCCGGCUGCUGGAGGAGGUAGAGGUGCUGGCUGGCGUGCUGAGGGAGGAAGGAGUGCAAAGGGGUGAUGUUGUGGUUAUCUACAUGCCGAUGAUACCUGCUGCGAUUGUUGCGGCGCUGGCAAUUACGAGACUGGGAGCAAUGCAUGCUGCUGUCUUUGGAGGGUUUGCUGCCAACUCCCUUGCGCAUAGAAUAGAUGCUGGCAAGCCAAAGGUCAUCAUGACUGCAUCCUGUGGCAUUGAAGGCAAAAAGGGAGCCAUUGAGUAUAAGUCGUUGGUUGAGGAUGCUAUUUCCAAAAGUUCCUGUAAGCCUGAACGGGUGCUUGUAUGGCAGAGAGAAGAGCUGCACUGGUCGCCCGUUCAUGAGGAACUGGGUCAGAGGGACUGGAGGCGGCUGGUAGAUGAUGCCAAAAGGCGUGGUGUACGGGCUGACGCGGUGCCGGUUCGAAGUGACGAGGGUCUGUAUAUCAUAUAUACCAGCGGGACAACUGGGACGCCUAAGGGGGUGUUGAGAGAAGCCGGUGGCCACGCAGUCGGCUUAAAUCUCUCUAUAAGGUACCUUUUUGACAUCAAGGGUCCUGGUGAUGUGAUGUUCUGUGCCUCUGACCUGGGAUGGGUCGUUGGCCAUUCGUUCAUCCUCUACGCACCGCUGCUUGCGGGUGCUACAACCGUGCUGUAUGAAGGCAAACCAAUCGGGACUCCCGACGCAGGCAGUUUCUGGCGCAUAGUCGAGAAACAUAAGGUGAACGCCUUGUUCACCGCACCCACAGCGUUGAGAGUGAUACACAAGGAGGAUCCGAAGGCAGAGCUAAUGCAACUGGUGGGUCGAAGAGGAGGAUUGAAGCAGCUCAGAGCUCUUUUCCUGGCCGGCGAGAGAAGUGAGCCUAGCAUCGUCGUGGCCUUCCAAAAGCUGCUUGAAAAGCACGCUGCGCCUGGUGCGAUGGUAAUAGAUAACUGGUGGUCAUCCGAGUCUGGUUCGCCGAUGACAGGACUCGCGCUGAGACCUGAUCUGGGCGUAGUCAAUGGUGAGAUUCCGCUGACCAGAGCACUCAGGACGAAGCCAGGCUCUGCGGGCAAGCCUAUGCCUGGGUUUGAUGUCCGGGUAGUCAACGAUGAGGGCGAGGAGGUGAAGCACGGUACAAUGGGCAACAUCGUGCUGGCGAUUCCGUUUGCUCCAACGGGGUUCACGACUUUGUUCCACGACGACGAGCGGUUCUAUAACGGGUAUCUCAAGCGGUUCUCUAGCAAGUGGAUGGAUACGGGCGACGCAGGCAUGAUUGAUCAGGAUGGGUAUGUCCACGUCAUGUCGAGAUCUGACGACAUCAUCAACGUAGCCGCACACAGGUUCAGCACUGGUGCCAUCGAGCAAGCUAUUCUCUCUCACCCAGACGUAGCCGAGGCAAGCGUGGUAGGCAUCCCUGACAGCAUCAAGGGGCAUCUACCAUUUGCAUUCGUGCAAUUGCAUAGCUCGGCCAAGACAGCCUCAGACAUGCCAGCAGCUCCAUCUAGAGAAUUCUUCCAAGCAGUUAACGCCCUCGUGAGAGAGCAGAUAGGAGCCAUUGCCUCGCUCGGAGGGAUCGUUCAGGGCCAAGGGAUGAUCCCAAAGACACGCAGCGGCAAGACUCUUCGACGGGUAUUGCGGGAGCUCGUGGAGAAGGCAGCCGAGGGCAAGUAUGAUGAGGCUGUCAACGUGCCGGCGACCGUCGAGGAUACGGAGAUUGUCGAAGUGGCCAGGCGGAGAGUGAAGGAGUACUUCCUCCAGGCGAAGGCGACGAAGAGCAGCAGCAACACGAGAAGCGAAGGACGAGCAAAGCUGUAG